CGGCAUUGACAAACAAUCCGCAAACACAUGUAUUGAGGCCCUGAGCCUUCAAUCAUGCUCAAAGCUCAUGCCUCACAAUGCCACGCUUCUUGUCUCUAUACACCUUUGGCCUCCCGCUGGCUGUCGUGCUCGCGAUUCCGCUAGCUUGCACGGCGGUUAUUACGACUUUGGUCGCUGCUUCGAUUCUGGCUGUGAGGGUUACUUUCGUGUAUGUUGAGCUUGUGCUUGCGGUUAUACCGCAUUAUAUUCUGAGGACGGAUGAUCCGCAUAGCAAGCUCUCGCACAGGUUCUUGUCACCGAUCGCUACGUACGAGAAUAGUCCGGCUACGACCCCGACGAUUGAGCGGCGCUCGAGACGGCUGAGUAAUACAUCGUUCAUGUCAGGUCUCACGCCCGCUGCGUCUGCUGUUUCUCUUCCCCUACCACAGUAUUCCGUCGGCCUUGGGAGGGAUUUCGAAGGCGUGGGAGGAUGGCGUCUUGAUCAACCGAGCGAUGAGGAACAGCUAUGGACGAGGAUAAACUCACGCCUCGAAUUACCCGCCGAAUCGCCACGGCGAUAUCAUCAUCAGAGGUCAUUGACAGCGGGGGGAUAUUCUGGCGACCAGAGAGAGAGGAAUCGAAGCCCGGAAUUGUCGAUGAGGCGGAAUGGCAGCUUUAGCCCGAAUACGAAGAGGAUUAGGACCCCGACGCUUACGAUGAGUGGGUUUACGACGGUGGAUGGGUAUUUUGGGAUGGCGGGUGGGCAGGAGAAUACUGUGGGCGGUCUUGAAGCCCGAGUGCUCUGAGAACGCCAACUAUGACGAGGAGGAAUUCUGUGAGCCUGAAGGAUUGAGGCGUGGCGAUGUAGGGAAGGAUAUGCAGUUGGCGAGGAUCAUGUGUUAUCAGGGAAGCGUAUGCAGUUAUGGGUAUAGGCCCCAGGAGUUAUAUGGAACAUACUGGAGGAUAUCUAGGGAAGGAGUAGGUGGGACAGGUUAUCAAUGUAACAAGCAAAUACCAAUAUAGUUUAUG